AAAUCACGUUUGACUCAGGUCUGCGAAUCCCGUUUUUUCGCCAAUUUUUUUUUUUUUUUUUUUUCGUUUUAAAUCUCCCAAAAACCCUUUUUCUCUUCGACGUGUCCCAAAAACACAUUCGCUCGCCUCGGAUGAUCAUUUGGAUGCCGUCGGACGCUGUGAAUACUCCCAUCACCACGAGCCCAAGCACAGACGCCGCAGAGACCGCCAUGACCACUCGCCCGGCUGCCUGCCAACCAAAGUGCGCGGACAAUCACGACGCCACGGUUAUCCUGCUCCAAGCACCACCACCCACGUCAGCCCGCCCGCCGACUUCUUCUGCCACUGAAGGCAGCAGCAACAGCAGCAUGUCUGGCGCCUGUCCUUCGCCCGGGCACGACGACGACGCGACCGCAGUGCCCAGCACGCUGUUCAUGAGCAUUUUGUCGGCGACCAAGUCCAAAAUUGGCGUUAGCAACGCAAGCAACACCCCCCUUGCCAAACCGCCGUCCCCUCCACCGUCGGACGCUGCCACCUCCACCACCACCACCUCCUCCUCCUUCAUGGCAUCGUUCGUUUCAAGCAUGGCCUCGCCGGCCAGCGCGCCGCCCGCAAGUCAGGACACGGUCGUCCCGCAGGUCGCGCCGGCACCUCGAUCGGCGCAGCAAAUCGUGGUUUUGCAGCACGCUCAGCUUGUCACGUCCCCGACACCUCAGAAGCCCUCCGUCAAGGCUGCCAUGCCACAGCCGCCGCCACGCAUGUCGAAAAUCGUGGCACGCCAGAACUCGCUCCCAGCACCAGCCAUGCACCAAAAGCUUGCCGGGUCUGGCGAGCGGCGCUCGCUCGAUGACUCGGACACCACCUUUGCCCGACAGCAAGCAUCCUCGAUCCAGGUCCAAGCGCUCCCAUCACACCAAAGGGCAGUGCCGCUCCAUCACCAUCGCAGUCUGAGUGACGGCGAUACCCAUCCGUCUGGCGAGGACAACAACGACGACGAUGACGACGCCGACGAUGCCUCUGCACAAGCCAGCAACUUUACACACCAUCGCCAUGGCGGCCGUGCCCACCUCCACUAUCGCCACUCGCUCACCGACGCAUACGAAAACGACGCUGACAACGACGGCGAAGACGACGGCGACGACAAUGACGACGAUAUGGACGGUGAUCAGUUCCACGACUCGCACGAGCUGCUCCAAGUAGAAGAAGAGCAUGUGGAUGCUCACAUGUCCGCCGCCUUCUUUGCGCGGUUUAGCGAGGAGGAUUGCAAGGCAAUGGACGAAGAGUCCAGCGACGUGGUCGACAAGGACGGCCUGGACCUUCCUCUGCACGCACCGUCCCCGACUCGCUUUGCCAAGCCGCGACGCUCCUCCAUCCGAAGCCCGCCAUUGUCAAUACACUCGUCCAAUUCGUCGCUGGCCGCAUCCAUCACGUCCAUGGACGAGCAAGCGGCUGCAGGAGUCCCGUCCGCCAGCCUCCGCCGUCGUGUCUCGUUUUCGGAACAGUUCACCAGCGUCGGCAAGGCGCAUUCCUCCACCGUCUACGACCGCCGCACCGAUGUUGUUGUGCCGACCGACCCGGACGAAGUCGAGGAAAUUGCUCAGUGGCUGACAGACUUCAAGUACAACCACAUGGCAGUGCAUCCAAUGUCGCUUGGCAACAACAGCUAUCCUCGCGUGCACCUGCUCUACCAGUAGCGCCAUGUCAAUUCUCUCUCUUCUUUUCGAGUACACGAUGUCGUACUUGACAGGAUACAGUAUUUCAGCCCUUUUCUAUCACCUCGGUGUCGAUUUUGUCGUUUUCCCGCAAGCUACCUAUCAGCUUGUCCACGGGGAUUGCUUCUUUUAUCUUUUGACUGGUGUGCGUGCGCGCGAUCUGUAGCUACUGUAGCUAUCUCGCGGCAAGCACCGCAGUUGUGUACUUUCCGUCCUUCGAUUUCACAUGCA